CAGUCUCCAAGGAGCAUUCGCCGCAUUUGAACAAAUUCCCAAAGACGCAUGAAGUCAACCAAGCCGACGACACUUGUCUCCGCUAGAGAUGAGAACAAGAGCUCGUUCUUCGUGAUAGGAGCGGACCAGAACGACUUUAUUGUGGGCAAGUGGAGCACAGGGCUCCUUGGGUGCAUCAACGCCAGGUCGAUGCCGACGGGUUGCAUGGUGACGUUUUGCCCGUGUGUGUCGCUCGCGCAGAUCGCGCACCGUGUCGGGAUGUACAAGUACUGGACCGUUAUCUGCACGUUUGUCGCGCUUUUCCUCGUGUACAUCGGGAUGGCCGCGCUGGAAUCGACGGUGAGCAAGUGUAUGUUUUGGCGAUGUGGGUCGUCACGAUCGUCGCGUUUCUCCUGAUUGCGGUCGUGCGCAAGAACGUGCGCCAGCGCUUUCAAAUCCCCGGGUCAGCGUGCGAAGACAUCGUGUGCAGUGUCAUCUUUUCGUGCUGCGUUGUCGGCCAAAUGUCUCUCCACGUCGAGUCGACCGACUCGGGCGGCUUUGGCCCGAAAGACACGUUGCCUGGCUACAACGUCUGAUCUGCCGUCUACGAUUCUUCAACCCAACGUAGCUAUGUCCUCAACUUAAUUACAACUGCAGUUGCUGCAUCCAAAUCGA